AUGGACAGCAAAGCUGAAAGCUGUUUUGUUAUUACAGGAGAGUGCAAGGAAACUUUAUCAACAAUUUCUGGACCCAAGACAAAACACAUUUAUGGGAGAAAAGAAGGUGCUUGGAUGAAAGAUCCAUUAGCAAAGGGUGUUAAAAUCUACAUCACCAACUACUAUUAUGGCAAUACGCUGGUGGAGUUUCGCAACAUGGAAUAUUUCAAACAAGGUCGCUGGAGUAACUCGUACAAACUUCCAUACAAUUGGAUUGGUACGGGCCAUGUGGUGUAUGGUGGGGCUUUCUACUACAAUAGAGCUUUCACUCGCAAUAUUAUCAAAUAUGACCUGAAGCAAAGGUAUGUGGCUGCCUGGACCCUGCUUCAUGAUGCAGUGUAUGAUGAGGCCACACCCUGGAGGUGGAGGGGCCACUCCGACAUAGACUUUGCCGUUGAUGAGAAUGGUUUGUGGGUGAUUUACCCAGCCAUUGAUGAUGUGGGCUCCUUGCAAGAGGUCAUUAUCAUCAGUAGGCUCAACACUGUCGACCUGUCCAUCCAAAAGGAGACGACCUGGAGGACCGGCUUGAGGAAGAACUAUUACGGCAACUGCUUCAUAGUCUGUGGGGUGUUGUAUGCAGUGGACAGCUACAACAACAAGCAUGCUAACAUCUCAUAUGCUUUUGACACCCAUACAAACACACAAAUCAAUCCACGGCUGCCAUUUACCAAUGAGUACUCUUACACAACCCAAAUUGAUUACAACCCCAAAGAGCGUAUCCUGUAUGCAUGGGACAAUGGCCAUCAAGUCACGUAUGGUAUCACAUUUGCCUAUUAGGAUGGAAAACACAGACACUAACAAAGUGCUUCUAGCACUGGUCUUUGUAAAAAAAAAUUAUAAAAAGGGGAAAUGAUGUUCUUAUAUUCAUUCACAGAUUGUAGAUCGAUCUGUUUUGUGUUAAUAUAACCAUGGCAACCUGCUUUAAAAGAAACAGAGAGAAAAACAAAUGCACACUAAAGGCCCCUGUUGACCUGAGCUCUAUACAAUAGUUGCAUACCUUGCAUAUCAAGACAUGGAGGAGUAAAAUGCCUGCCAGAAUUCGCUGCUGAGUUACAAACGGCUCAUUGUUCCUGCUCAAGCUUCACAUGCCUAUUGACCGAUAAAACCUGCAUGUUUCAUUUUGUAUUGGUUACUUUGCAGAGAAGAAUCCAGCCUCUCAGCUCUGUCCCUGCACUAUGAACUGACCAUCAUUGCUACUGUCUGGAAUAAUCACAGAGACAAUACAAUUCAAGAGGCUUAAUCAAGUUUAAGUUCUAAAUAAUGACACUGAUUUAAGCAUCCUAACUGAAUACUUUGACAUAUGGCAUUACAACAAUUCAAUAUUUCAUCAUCUUUUAAAGUACAAGUAGUUGAUUUCUAUUUCCAACCAUUCUGUAUUGUGGAUUAACUCCUCAAUGACUGAGAGGUAUGAAUUAUUGAAUGAUGUAUUGCACCUUAGUUUAUUGAUUAGAGAUGGUUGCUCCCUGUGCUGUUUAUUAUUGAGAUAUUAGUGGUUAUGUGUUUGAGAAUUUACAGAUAUGUUCCUGACAUUUAGUUUUUACCUAAUAAAUAGGAUUGAAAUCUUAGUUUAUGUGGAACGCUGGGGUGGAGAAGGUCACAGUUUUGGAUUUACAGUAGAAAGCAGAAACUGCACAUUGGUAUGAAGUCUGAAACCGACAGCAUAUAAUGUAACAUUGUGUGCACUGUAAGUGGUGCCCUCUAUUCACCAUUCAAUGAUUCAGUUUUAAUUCAGAAUUGCAAUACACCUGUUAGAAAACGAA